GGGCCCGCCCCCAGGCUGCCCAUCUCUCGCGGGAUCUCCUGGGUAGACGGAUGGGGUCAGGCCCCAUCAUGGCGGCGGAGGAGGCGGAUGUGGACGUUGAAGGGGACGUGGUGGCAGCGGCGGCACAGCCCGGAAACUAUGAAAAUACAGCAUCUAUUUUACAAGAUCACUAUCUUGAUUCAUCAUGGAGAACUGAGAAUGGUCUUAUUCCUUGGACUCUGGACAGCACCAUCAGUGAAGAGAACAGAGCUGUCAUUGAGAAAAUGUUGUUGGAAGAAGAGUAUUAUUUAUCUAAAAAAUCACUUCCAGAAAAAUUCUGGCUUGAUCAAAAGGAAGAUGAUAAAAAAUACAUGAAGAGUCUGCAGAAAACAGCAAAAAUCAUGGUACAAUCUCCUACAAAACCAGCCAGUUUCUCAGUAAAGUGGACGAUAGAAGAAAAAGAGCUGUUUGAACAAGGGCUGGCUAAAUUUGGCCGAAGGUGGACCAAAAUUGCAAAGCUAAUUGGAAGCCGAACUAUUUUACAAGUGAAGAGCUAUGCCAGACAGUACUUUAAAAAUAAGGUAAAAUUAGAUGGUCCAGAGAAGGAAGUAUCAAAUCAGAAGAACAGCAGUGAUUUUCAGGUUAAAAGUGAAGAUGAAAGCACAAAGUCUUGGACCCCUUCAAGUUUAAGGGGACGUGCUGAUCCCAACUUGAAUGCUGUAAAAAUUGAAAAGUUAUCUGACGAUGAAGAAGUAGACAUCACAGAUGAGGCAGAUGAAUUGACUUCUCAGGCACCUCAGGAGAAUCCUAGCAGUGAUAUUUUAUUAGAUAUCCCUAAUAGUAAAAGUAAUGAAACCUACCAAGGAGAAUGUAUUACCUCUGACAGCCAGGAAGAUCCCAUUUCUAAAUCUUCCAAGGAAUAUCUUCAGAAUCCAAAGCACAUUGAGAUGGAAACGCUUUCAAGCUCAAGAAUUAAAUUUUGGACUGAAAAAGAGAGCACCAGUGAUGAAAAGUCAGUAGAAUUAAAUGAUCAGAAAUGUAAUAAACUGAUGAAAAACUGUGAUAAGCAUAAUGGAAAUGGAAUAGUAGAUGAUACCAGGCUGUUGCCUUCUCCGGAGCCUUGUGAAGUUCAGAAAGAUUUGAGUGAUCAUGAAACGCUUUUUCAUUCUUGUCAAAUGGAGGAAGAGCACCAUGAGGAAGAAGAGCUUAAACCACCGGAGCAAGAAGUAGAAAUAGAUAGAAAUAUUAUUCAAGAAGAAGAAAAACAAGCAAUUCCUGAGUUUUUUGAGGGGCGCCAAGCUAAAACACCAGAACGCUAUUUGAAAAUUAGGAAUUACAUUUUGGAUCAGUGGGAGAUAUGCAAACCGAAAUACUUAAAUAAGACCUCAGUACGCCCUGGCCUGAAGAACUGUGGGGAUGUUAAUUGUAUUGGACGGAUUCAUACAUACCUCGAAUUGAUAGGAGCAAUCAAUUUUGGAUGUGAACAGGCUGUCUAUAACAGGCCACAACCAGUUGAUAAAGUACGAAUCAGAGACAGAAAAGAUACAGUAGAAGCAUACCAACUUGCCCAGCGUCUGCAAUCCAUGCGCACAAGGAGGCGUAGGGUCCGAGACCCAUGGGGAAAUUGGUGUGAUGCAAAAGAUUUAGAAGGACAGACAUUUGAGCAUCUCUCUGCUGAGGAGUUGGCAAGAAGAAGAGAAGAGGAAAAAUGCAAACCUAUUAAAUCUUUAAAAGUGCAAAGAUCAACAAAAAGCUCAUUUGAUCCCUUCCAGCUGAUACCUUGUAAUUUUUUCAGUGAAGAAAAACAGGAGCCAUUUCAGGUGAAAGUGGCUUCAGAAGCACUUUUAAUAAUGGAUUUGCAUGCUCAUGUGUCUAUGGCAGAAGUGAUUGGUCUCUUAGGAGGAAGAUAUUCAGAAAUAGAUAAAAUAGUCGAAGUCUGUGCAGCAGAACCAUGUAACAGUCUGAGUACAGGACUUCAGUGUGAGAUGGACCCUGUCUCACAAACACAGGCCUCGGAAGCCUUGGCUGUGAGAGGCUACAGUGUUAUUGGAUGGUACCAUUCUCAUCCUGCCUUUGAUCCCAAUCCUUCCCUACGAGAUAUUGAUACUCAAGCCAAAUACCAGAGUUACUUCUCCAGAGGUGGUGCCAAGUUCAUUGGAAUGAUUGUUAGUCCCUAUAAUCGAAAUAAUCCUUUACCAUAUUCCCAGAUUACCUGCCUGGUUAUAAGUGAUGAAAUUAGCCCAGAUGGCUCUUAUCGUGUACCUUAUAAAUUUGAAGUACAGCAGAUGUUGGAAGAACCUCAGUGGGGAUUAGUGUUUGAAAAGACAAGAUGGAUAAUAGAAAAAUAUAGACUCUCCCAUAGCAGUGUCCCUAUGGAUAAAAUUUUUCGCCGGGAUUCUGACCUGACUUGUUUGCAGAAACUUUUGGAGUGUCUGAGGAAAACUCUGAGCAAAGUGACAAAUUGCUUCAUCGCUGAAGAAUUCUUGACUCAAAUAGAAGAUUUAUUCCUUUCAAGUUAUAAAAGCAAGCAGGAGAAUGAAGUGGGUGAAGACAACUGUGCUGUAGGUCCAAAGGAAUUGUUAAUGUAGUGACUUUAAAGUAAGACAUUUUAAUCUUGACACAGUAGGUCCUAUUGUCCUUUACAACCUUGAAUGAUUGUAAUUUAGUUAACAGUGACACAAUUUUGAUAUUUUUCUCUAAUUCACAAAAUCUGAACUUUGCCACCUAAAUCAUGUAACAGAAAGGGAUAGGGACUUGCUUUUAUGUAGUGAGUACCAGAGUUUGUGUAAAUGGGUUUGCCACAUUGCUCCUGUCCUGUGGGUGUGGCCAGCAAGCAGAGCAGCAGACUGAAGGGCUGUCUGCUUUACUGUUGUAUUCAGGUUGAUAAGCAGAGUGUGUCUCUAAUUUUUAUUUCUUCCUGAACUAGUCAUUCCAUUUUUGGGAACUCAUGUCUCAUUAGGAGCACUUUCAUCCUUUACAUGUGUUUUGGUGAGAUUUGUUUAUGGUUGCAAAUAUGAUAUGGAUGGGUGGUCCCAGAGGUAAUUAACAUGGUUGAAAAUUACUGAUUUAAUAAAUAUAACAACAUGCAAUGUGAGGCCAGGGGGAGGCCUAAGGAGAAAAAUCUUAAAAAUAGGGAGGAGCCCCAAAGAAGAGAAUCCAAUUACCGGUUUUUUAAUUAUAGAUAUUUGCUUCCAUUUUUUUUUUUUAAUAUAUAUCCACAAUACUAUAGGAUAUGCCAUUCUCUCAACUCUGAAACAUUUUGUAUGGAUUUCAGAUAUAUAAAAUAAUUAGCUUCAACUAUAUAUCCACACAUUAGUGUGUAUGUGAUAAAACCUCACUUUAACUGCAACACAGAUAAUCAUAACCCUCAAACUAGAUUGUUUUUCUAUUACCUGCUGUUAGUAGAAAGAGACAAAUUACAAUAAAGCUUAAAGAAGAUAUUUACUUUUUUAAAAAAGAAAAAAGCCUUCCAGGACAUAUUACAUAUACAACCCAAUUUGAUAUACUUUUUGAAUGUAGAACAGAAGUCAGCAAACUUUUUAUGUAAAGAGGCAGUUAGUCAAUAACUUAGGCUUUGCUGAACACAUACUAUCUGUCAGACAUUCUUUAUAUCAUUUUACAACCCUUAAAAAUGUAAAGCCAUUCUUAGCUCAUAAGCCUCACAAAAAAACAAUGCUGCCCAUUACCUUCCAACCCCUGCUCUAGAGAAUUGCAGAUAAUUAGGAUUUUUUUUCAGAUGCAUGAGCCUGAGACACUGAAAGAUCUUGCAUCAUUUUCAAACAAUAAAACUCAAAAUUGUGAUUUACAUUUAAGUACAUUUAAAAAAAAAAACACCUAACAAUCAUGCUGCCUUAUUUAUCCUAAUUGUAGUUUAUUUCUAUUAACCAUCAAAUUUAUAUCCAUUCCCCAACAUUCCUAUUAAUAACAGGUUUGUUAUAUCUAAUCUGGGUAUGAUCCUGUAUUUUACCUUUUUGGUUAUAAUCAGUAGCCAAGGAGAAAUAAGGCAGUACUGGAAGGAGCAGUGAGCCAGUUUUAGAUGACCUGGGUCUUGAUUCAUCCUUGUAAUUUUGGGGGAUAAGCUUACUAACUUCUUUAGGCCUAGAUUCCUGUAUAUCUGAGAUCUGAGUUAUCUUCCUGACAUCCUUCCAAGUCUGAAAUCAUAUAUUUAAUUUUAAUUGUUGGAUCACUCACCUGAAACUUGAUAUUUUGAGUUGGUAUAGUUAUAAAAUUAGCAAAUGUUUUUAAAGAAAACUGGUAGUAUUUUCUAUUUCUCUAUAUGCAUUUAGAAUCAACAAUGAAACCUAACAUAUAAAGCAAUUACUUUGGAGAUUGGGGGUGUAAGCUCUAGACUAAAACUCAGGAAACUUUAAGAGUUCUUACCCUAAUUCUUUUAUCAGCUUUGCUGUGUGACUGAUAAAAUCACAUAACCUGUCUGGACCUCAGGUUCUUAAUCUAGAAUUCAAGGGUCUAAUGUUAUGAUUUAGUAUUUAUUUCCAAGUGCAGAAAAAUCUGUGAUUCUGUAAAGUGUAGUAAUUCAUUUCUUUGUACUCUUCCUUUUGAUGUAUUUUCCUCAUUGUACAUGGGGAGCAGAUCUUAAAAAAUGGUAUUAGUUAGCUUUUGUGAUCGAUAGUACCCAAAUUUAUGAGUGAUGGAAAAGGGUGGAAAUUGUUAGAAGCUCUGUUCUCCAAUCUGGGUCUCCUGCAUGCAAGUGGUUAGCUAUAUUUACUAAGCCAUACUGUGAGGAAUGCGAAGGUGCUAAUUCUCAGCAUUUAGAGAUUUGAGAGCACAAUUUUUUAAAUUAAAUAUUUUUUUUAAAACAAAAUAUUCUAUUUAAAAACCACAUCCUUCCCCAUUUUAUUUUUGGAUAGUGUAAUUUUAGAACAUUAAAAGUUGUGAUAUUUCCUCCCCUCCUCCCUCAUUCAUUUUCCCUGCUUUCUUUUCUUUUCUUAGCAUAUUCUUAAAACAUUUUUGUAGCUGGAAGUACCCACAUUUCUGUCACUGCCAACCUUGGGCUAUUAGGGUAUUGAAGCAGGCAGGUUUUUCUUGGAGAAACAGAAGAAAUUUAGAACUGAAUGGCAGUGUAGUACAGGAAGUUCAGGAGGCAAGGUCUUAAAGGAGAAUAUACCUCUUAAAUAUGUACAGUAUUGGAGAUAGAUUUGAAAACAUCCAAGUCUCUUCAAAUGAACUUAAUUUUUUUCUUCUAGCUUGGCUAGUAAAAAUUGACACUAUUACUUUGCCAGUGUUAGAUUUAGUUCUCUUGAAAAAUCUAAUCCCAAAGUAACGUU